CUUCGACGACGAGCCGAUGGUGCCGGCGUUGCCGCGCAUGCGCAUGGCAGCAUCGUGACCGCGCAAACGCACGCAAGACACCACCAACCAUGGGCCCCUGCGCCUCCAAGCCGCCGGACCCGGCCCACGACUUCAUGAAGGCCGUCGUGGUGCGCAACUACGGCGUGCUGGGCAAGCGCAUGGCCGGCGGCGGCGAGGAGGCGGCGGCGCCGGCGCCGGACAAGCACACGAUGAUCGUCGACCCCUGCAGCGCGCGCUUCGUGCGCACGCAGGGCUGCGCCAUCGCCGACGCCGGCGGCGCGUCGGGCGCGAUCUACGAGUUCAUCGGCUACCGCGACGACGCGGGCUUCCCGGCUGACGUCGUCAACGGCAUCGAACGCGAGGGCGACGUCUUCUACCACAAGUACGGCUGGCCCAACUCGAAGCACGUCAUCCACUGCGUGGGCUACGACUUCCGGACCUACGCGAAGCGCGAGCUCGGCGAUCUGGCGCUGUCGCCGGAGAUCGCGCGCGACCUCCUGGCCAAGCUCUACGAGCGGCUCCUCAUGGAGACGGCCAAGUCCGGGCCGUCGACGCUGCGCCUCGUGCCCGUGUCCGCGGGCAUCUUCGCGGGGCCCCUGCUCGGCGACAUGCCCGCGAUCACCGCGGAGGCGCUGUUAGACGCAAUGGCCGCGUGCUUCGCGUCGUCGAAGAUGGUCGGCGCCAAGGCCGAGAAGGACGUCUUCGCGGACUACGCGGCCCACGCGACCGUGGAGCUCUGCGUCUACCUCGAGCGCGACUUCGCGCGCUACGAGGCCGCGUGGAAGGCCGCGGUGGCGAAGCGCGUCGCGACGGACUCGACGCGGUCCCAGAAGUAAAAA